GCUCAGCGUGUUACUCGUUCGUAUAGUAACUAACAGCUGCUUGGGGGUGCAGGAUGGACAACGCCGAGACCAACAUAAUCGCCGACAACAUCUCGAUACAGGAUGUGAUUGGUCAAAUCCUGGAGGAUGGUCUUGCCGAGGAUCCGAUACAUGUGCUAAAUUUAGAUGAUGUCGUGAAGAAGCACACCGUCUGGAUGCAGCAGUUUCCCCGCGUGAAGCCAUUCUACGCAAUUAAGUGCAACGAUACGCGGGCACUCGUUGAGACGCUGGAAGCGCUCGGAACUGGAUUCGACUGUGCCAGUAAGGGGGAAAUCGAUAAGGUGCUCGCGCUCGGGGUGAGUCCAAACAGAAUUAUCUUUGCACAACCAGCGAAACCAAUUGCGGCGCUUCUGCAUGCGAAAAAGCGCGGGAUCAAACUUAUGACGUUCGAUGGGAAGCAUGAGCUGGACAAAAUAAAAAAUCACUAUCCAGAGGCAGAUCUAGUGUUACGUUUCCGGUAUGAUUCCGAUCAGGUUUUCGCGCAACUAGGAAGAAAAUUUGGCUGUGACCCUGGCCCGGAAGCUUUGGCAUUGUUAAAGUAUGCAAAAGAGUUACAACUGAAUGUGGUGGGAUUGUGCUUUCAUAUCGGUUCAGGUGGCAACGACUGGGGCAGUUUUGAAGGUGCCAUAAAGGUUUCCAGAGAUCUAUUUGAUGCGGCUAAGGUUAUCGGUUACGAUCUCACGUUGCUGGACAUUGGGGGAGGAUUCCCUGGAGCGAAGCCUAUUCCAAUAGAUCCGUAUGCAGAGCAUAUCAACCGUGCAAUCGAAAAAUACUUUAGCCAUCACGAACAUGUGAAAUUCAUCGCUGAACCCGGGCGGUACUAUGCAACCUCCGCUGUUACAGUGAUUACUCACGUACAAUCUAAACGGAUGUUGAGCGAAGAAAAGGGAAAGGAACUAAUAUACUAUUAUAUUAACGACGGUAUUUUCGGCUCCUUCUACUCCGCUGGUCAUGAGAAUCAACCAGUAUAUCCAGUUCUUUGGAAACCCAACAAAAACUCCAAACUACUGUCCUGGAUAUGGGGUCCGUCAUGCGAUGGCUUGGACGUGUUCUGCAAGGAUAUUAAUCUUCCAGAGCUAGACAUCGGGGACGUUAUUUUAUUUGAAAAUGCCGGUGCGUAUUCGAUAGUUAUAGCGAAUCAGUUCAACGGUUUCCCAUUACCAAGAGUUAAAGUAUAUGUCACUCAGAGUACGUGGAAAGCAUUGAAAAAAGCUCCCGAAGGCAUCAGUCGCUGACACUGGCUUAAAAUUACCGAGUAUAGACGAGUCACUGAAACUUAUACAAGUAAAAAUGAAUUUAAUAGACGUAUGAUGACAUUUCUGCAAGGAUUUGAAAGGAUAAGCUUAAAGCUGUUUUUAAAUUUUCACAAAAGCUUUUGUCUUCCGUUGGAAAAUAACAGUAAGGCAGCAAAAAUAUCAAAUGCAUAGCGGAAGAUAGUGGGGUGCUCCCGUUUUACUUUAUUAUACGUUGAAAAUCUUUAAUUCAUCUUGCUAUACAUAAAGCAUAAACAAAUUACAAAUAAGCGAAAAUUGAUAUUUUUAUAGUGAAAAUUGAUAUUGGCAGUAAAUUUGGAUAACUGUUUUUUUUUUCUUUUUUUCACAUUGAUCGACUGUCAGUCGGCAAAAUAUGUUUAAUUUUAAUAUAGAUAGGUACAGUGUCUGACUACAGUGUAGUUUUGAUAGUUCAAGGCAGCAAAAUUGUGUUUUCGGAUUUAUAAUAAUCCAUGGUCAACUUAGCAUAUCGUCGAUAUCCGACCGAAACAAACCACCAUGUUUACAAACAUAUGGAAAAAUGGAAAAAUUCGCACAUUUUGUUCAUACAAACUAACAAUACAUAUUUUCAUUAAUUUUGCUAAUAUUCAGCACAUUCACAAUUAUGAUAGAAUUUCUAAAAAAUAAGUCUGUACAUUGAAAAGUGAAACAUGGUUCUUCGAUAAUAAGAAACCGAAAUUCAAAAUUAACUUCAAAGCUAAUAUGACAUGAAAAUACGUCAAAUAUUAGGACACUGCGCAUGUAUUUGGCAUGGAAAAUUGCGUAUUUUUUCCACGAGGCAAGAAAAGUU